UCAGCAGUCUACAGUGUGCAGUGAAGCAGCCAGGAUGCGGUGCCGCGGUAUCCUCCGGGCAGCCUUCUGCUGGAUGGUCUUCUUCUUGGCAGCGCAUACCACCCCUUUUGCGAUAGAAGAGGAUAUGUUGAAAGACGAAGACCCAUUAUAUGAACAGUGUCUGCAGAUGUUCUUCGACUUUUCCACAGCUCUGGCUAACGACGUUUACAUCACAGAAUGCCAUAACGGUUCAGAGAAUAUCACCUCGCAUUGCUUCAAUGAGUACUCCAGUCUUUGUGGCUCAGGAGAGCUUCCCGAAAUUACAGCCUUAUGUGACUCACAGCUGGACAACCAAUCAGAAAACAGAGGAACAGGCACUAGACGUGGGAAGGAAAAUUUAACUAUUCGUCCUCUGCAUCGCAAAAAAGUGAAGUGUAUUUUACGUGUCCUCGUUGUUAUGAUGUCCAACAACGACGUCAGUCUUUGCACCGCUCUUCAGCUCUGCUCAGAAGGCCACAGAGCUCCACAAUGCAAUGAACAUUAUUCGUUGUUUAAAGAAUCUUUGCAACAGUUCUGCCUGUAUCCCGGGUGGCCGUCACCCACUCUUGGCAGUCUACAAAGAAGAACAGAUCUGGUGGAAAAAUGCAGAAGAGAAACAGAAAAAUGCAAUUCAACGGUUAAGAUCCUAAGUGCCUGUUUUGCCAUAGCUGCAGCAAUCGUAAUUGUAGUAGUGUUCAAUAUUAUCAAAAAAGGUGUUGCUGCUCUGCGUGAUAGGAGGGGCAGGUACACACUCGCUGAUUACGCGCCCCCUGUCAAUACAGCAACUUCUGCAACCCGACUGGAGGCGGAUUGUCGUAGCAACACGGAGUUCGAUGACUGCUGCUCGUAUCUAUCUCACGAAGGAGCGAACAAAUGGUCCGAGUUUUCGUCUACGCCUAGGAGUCAACAAUAUGAAAUGUUACAAGAAGAGAAACAAAAUCGUAAAAUGUCGCCGAAUACAACUUUCGAAUCGAGCUUCAGCGACGGGGAAGUAUGCAGUAGCUGCUGUAACUGCGGUAGUACCAAUCCAGACAGCGUGGAUAGUGAGAAGAGGCCCAGUGCUCUUUCAGAGUCGGAGCUGCUAGGAAGACGGCCCCGGCGUUCUGCAGAGUUUCCGCAAAGUCCAGCUGGACGCGGAGUUGGCUCAUCACUGGGCAGAGGCUACUACAGUGAGUCAGGCACAGCACGUCUAUCUAUCUGCGAGAGAGCCCACGCCUGGCGCAAUAUGGUAGCUCACCGUCAAAAGGCUUAUCCUCAUUCUCUUUCUGCCAGCUUGCCUUCCAAGAUAUCUGCGCAGGAUUCUAGAACAUUCAAAACCACCAAAAAUACAUACGCAGCAAAGACUCACACUUCAGCGCACAAUGUAGCCCUAACACGUAAUGCACAUUGCGAACAGGCUGCUACAUUUGGAGGUGGUGCAAACAUGGCAGACUUAACAUACAACAAAGGUGCUAAGCCGCGGGUAAAGCGGUAUGCGGAAGAAAUGAAGGGUCUUCAGGAUAGAAAAGUCGCUAAGCCUGAUCACGAUGGAAUUGCCAAGACGACGAUUGCGAUUGCAAAGACUGAGACAGACGAGCGAAAAUGGGGAUUCGAACAGCCUGAGGAGGAUCAGAAACAAAGUGCCGUAAAACCCGGUCCCAGCGGAAUUCAAAAUACCGAGGUGGAACUGAAAUAUGUAGGAUGUACACAGCCAGAUGAGAAUCAGAAAGACCCAGAAAGCACUGAAGAAAUAGAGAGCAUUGUAACAACUGUCUAAACAAUUUCUGUAAUGAAUUACAGCAGACGAUAAACCCUUUGCACUUAAAAACUGAGUGUACCCUUGUACCAACAGACAGAAGUGCGUGUUGAAAAGUACAAAAUACGUAUUUGGUACUAUUCAUGGAGAAUUGUCUUCUCCAGGAGAGAGAUCUAAUGAGAUAAGAAAAUCUCAAAAAGUGGUUACUUCUUACUACGUUAUUGGUGGUCAGUUCAGUUUAUCGAGGAUAAUGACCUUUUUCGUUUAGCUGCAAAUGGCAAAUAAUGAUUUGUUCGUAAAGGAAGGUAAUGAACUUAAGUUGUUGCAGAUAAUUAUUUGAUACAAAGAUGUUGGUAGAGAGGGAAAAUAUAAAAAAGGUAAAUGUUAGUAGUGUGUGAAAUUGUAGGAAUCACAUAAAUACAUUACAGAUAGUUUAAGAAAUACCUCAAUUGAUGUCAAGCGCAUCAAGAGAAGAAAAUACGCUGCAUGGUGGUAGUAAUCAGUACAGUCAAGAACUCUGCUCAGUCCCUGCUGGUGUACUGGUUACUCUCCGUUUUGUAAUGUCCCCAUUAAUACAUAUCGAUAAAAGGAAUAUCGCAGUAGACUGAUCUUGGACGGCUUGUCCAAUGGGCACAUAAAAUUCCACUUCAUAAAUAAUUGUUUUGAUAAAGGGAUACAAACUGACACUUUCCUUCAACACUGGGCAUCUAAUGAAAAACGCGAUAGGCAACAUUUGUUUGGGGUGACACAAGUACUAAUCAGAUAAACGAAAUUGCAAAUAUUUACCAAAUACCAGAGCAAAAUGAGAUGACAACUCUUAAGACGGACACCAUAUAUAUACUUUUGUUAUGUUUGCAUUAUACACACUCACACACACACACACACACACACACACACACACACAAACACACACACACACACACACACGCACACACACUACUAAAAAAGCAUAGUAAAAGUUAGAAUACAGGGUUAUCAUAUUCAUCUCAAUUUUUAUUUACUUAUUAGUUGAUCAACAUCUGAAUUACACAGUUAAUAUUUUCUAAUUAUUUAUAGGCUGGUAUAAUGCAGUAUUUUUCAUCAUCAGAGUCAGUCUCAUUGUACUUCAAUUACUAAAAUGUUUUCUUCUUCCAUUUGCAAUGUAAUAAUAAACUAAUGUGAAUAUUUGAUUAAUAAGUGUAUGAAAUGUUCAUUAAAUAUUAACAGAAAGUCGGCAAACGUAUUUUCUGUGGGACCUGUCUCACUCAACAUUAGUAGCAUUCUAUGAAAGUAAUUUGUUACCACGAUUGUACUUGCUGGAUGUUAUUGUUUGAGAUAUUUAUAUAGAACUUAAUUAAGGGGGCAUUAUAUAUAUUCGUUUUAUAUCAUUGUAUUUUGGCACUGACAAAUCUGCUUCACACGAGUUUCAUGGUGGCUGAAGUUUCAUAUGCUGCCAACAUGUGUGAUGCUUGAGCAGUCAAACUUGUGUUGUAUUAAGACUGAUUUUCUGAUAAAGACAAUAUUUUAUACACCUCUUUUUAAAUGUAGCAUAACCUGAAUCUCUGUUUCUACGAAUUUUCGUACGAAAAGACCAUUUAUAAAAUAGUUUUUUGUGUGUCUGUUGUAUUAUUUGUUAUCAACAGUAUUAUCAGAAUGUUAAUUUUAGGAUAUCGUCUUUUAAUUCAAUUUUUUUUCAAAAAACAAAAAUUAGUUAUAGGUGUGGUACAGUGCACUUGACAAUAUUGUAACAUUUUGUCAGACAUGUGUUACCUGAAGGGACAUAUACGGAGCUGGAUUGCCUCUGAGCAACUGAAGUAUGAUUGAAAACGUGUUUACAGACUGUGAGGUCUGCAUUAAUUUUAUUAUAUUUCGUAAUUCUGUUGAAAGACAGGCUAACACAUCAACUGCAAUAACUGAAAUCAUCAUAUCAUUACAAAUGUUAUGACAUCUUCCUAACAAUACAUAUUGUAAUAGGAUGACUGACUUCAAUGAUACAGCCUGAGUAAUUAAAUUCUUCUGAUAAAAUGUAAUAAUUAAAAUUUCAAGAGGAUUUUCUUAUGUUUUUUAAAAUAUGUAAUGGUGAAUAUAGUGUGUAGCAUUACUCAAUGAUAAAUUAUCACAAAUAAAGAAUUUUCAUUUCUUAAA